AUGUCGUCUGGGACGCAGAACCCCUUCCUCACACACCUCACGCCCAUGAUGAUCCGCUCCAACGCCCUCCUAUUUUCAAUCUCAUCAAUGGCGGCAGGGCACUUGGCAGUCCUCCGCGACGACGAAAGCCUGCAUAUACUGUCCUCGCGACACAUGCUCAUGGCCGUGUCUUCAUUGCGAGAGUCAAUUGAGACCGAGGACCCGCAACUGUCGCUGGCGACGAUCUUGAUGCUUCAGAUCUCCGACCGGCUGUUCAACACUCAUAGCCAAAUUGACCACCUUGCGGGGGCAAAGGCCGUAAUCAUUCACUCUGGCGGACUCAAGGGUUGGACCAGCUCCAGCGCGCAAUUCCUUCUCAGCCUCUGCUUCUUUCAUGAUGUCAUGUCUUCCGUCUCGCGGACGUCGAGACCUCUUCUGAGCAUGACGAACGUGGCACCACUCGAAGGGAUGCAAAGCCUUGCAAAGCUCACGUCUCUCGUCUCGAUCGUGAGUACCAUCAGCAAGAUGCAAGGACAGAGCGGUGAUGCACACCAGAGAAGAGGGCUCGCGAUCAGGGAGAGCUUGGAGAGAUUCUCCAUCGUCGCCGACGGGGACCCCGCCAUCGAGAAUACCAUCCAAGCCUACAGGCAUGCGGCCCUGGUCUAUCUCUGUCGAGUAUGGAGCGAUGGCACGUCACUGCCAAAGCCGUUUCACGCGGGGCGAUGCCUCCACUAUCUGUUACAGGUCCCCGUCACGUCAUCCUGCGUAUCAGCACAUGCGUGGCCUUUAUGGACGGCUGGCUGCGAGUCGAUCGAUCCCGGCCAGCGAGGACUGGUCCUCGAGAGACUCAAGGCGAUGUACGAAAACCGUCACUUACCGUCACUGACACGGGCUCAAGAAGAUAUGGAAGAAGUCUGGAAGGCCAAGGAUGCGCAAAGGUUGCAAUUUGGAACUGAAAACAUAGAUUGCUGUAAAGUGAUUCUGGAUAAACGCCACAGGGAAGCCGAUCUAGUUUGA